GUCCCGAUGGCCGGUUUCCUGUUGGAGGUGAAGGGAAGAGGCAGAUCUGGGCACGGUUGUGUCUGCUUCCGCUGCCGCUCCAGAACGAUGAGACGGCGACGGAGAAGUACCAUCCUCGGCGGUUCCGACGCCUUUUUUGUAUUUCCUUCCGCCCGGGUAAUGGCGGGCCCGUCGCAUUGGUGACUUCUGUGCCCGGAGGCGAAAGGAACCCGGAACGGCUCCGCCCACUUCUCGGAGGGACUUGCUGGCUGCAGGUAUCAUGGAUGAACUAGCGGAAGAUGAUAUUUAUAUUUUGAACCAUGAGAAGGCGGACACUCAUAAGAGAGACGGAGAAAUCCCUAUCCCAAUGUAUACAGGGGAAGAAUCUGUUGCUUCACAUUUUGCACUUGUCACUGCUUAUGAAGAUAUCAAAAAGCGACUUAAAGAGACUGAAAGGGAUAAUUAUUUCCUUAAAAAAAGAGUCAGGUUGCUGGAAGAAAAGCUUCUUGGUUCCCAUGUGGAAGAAGCCACAAGCUCUGUAGGCCCGGAGCAAGUUAACAAAGCUUACGGAGCAUAUCGAGAGGCCUGCAUUGAACGAGAUAAUCUGAAAAGUAAACUUGAUAAAAUGAUUAAAGAGAGCACAGAAUCAUUGAAACUCAUGAAUGAGCAGUUGCAGUCUAAAGAAGUGGAGCUCCUACAGCUGAGAACUGAAGUGGAAACUCAACAAGUGAUGAAGAGUCUGAAUUGUAAUCCAUCCAGUUGGGAAAUAGAUAAGUUGAAUAAUGCACUUAAGGUGCACAGUUUGGAGAAAGAUUUAGAGCAACUGAGAGAAGAAUGCAGCGAUCUUAGGAAAGAAUUGAAAAAACCUAUAUGGAAGGCUCAGUCCCAUGAAGAAACUUUAAUAAAUGGAGAAGUUUUGCAACCUGAGAACAUUCAUAGUGAAAACCUUCAUCAUGCAUACUGGGAACUGAAGAGGGAGAUGUCUAAUCUGCAUCUAGUGACUGAAGUGCAAGCCGAAGUGCUGAGAAAGGUGAAAAUGAUCCCAUCUUCAACCAAGAAAGUGUCGUCCUGUGCACCUAUUCAGUGUAUUGAAGACCUUGAAAGGGACUUUACCAAUCUCCACGUUGCUGCUUCCAGUGCAGUAUACAAGAAGGCACGACUUAUACCAAAUGACCAAGUUUUCAGCGGUGCUGCAUCUUCCCCAUCCUGUACUGACGAGAGACUUAGCCCAGUUUGUCAUUCUCCCUUUCAAGAACAUAACUCUUAUGGAAAGAGCUCUCUGGAAGAUAAUUCUUGGGUCUUCCCAAGCCCUCCUAAGCCUAGUGAGACAAUGUUUUGGGAAAUGAAAAGUAAAACAUCUCACUUUUCAGAAAACAAUUUGGAUCAAUGCAACCAAAACUGCUUGCACAACAGCUAAGAGCUUAAGGAGAAACUUGGUAGGUUCCUGUAUGCGUAAGAGGCACAUAGCUAAUGGAAGGGAACGUAGUGACAAUGUCGUAAGUAAUCCAAACUGGAUCUUAAUUUUUCCACUGUAGCGUGACUUUGAAAGUGGUCCAUUGAAAUCUGAGGGAUGGUACAUGAUAUAAGGCUAGUGUGUGAGUUGGCCCUGAUGUUUCGGAUUGCGCACCUGCAAACUGCUCAAGUAUUAAACCACUGAGAAAAAACAAAAGCUGUACUUCAGCAAACUGUGUGAAUAACUUUGCUUUGAAAUACUAUAUAUUCCGACACUCCUUCAAGCUGAGAACACCCUCUUUUUUGACAGUCUCUCUCUCUCCUUGGGCUUCUCAGGUAAAGCAUGCAGUUUUUACCUCUAGAUAUGAAACUGUUAUGGUUUUUCAUGAUGUGUGAUAUCUACUGGGAUGAAAACAUGAACAGACAAAAUGAUUGUGAUGUGUAUAAUAAGCCAAAUUAUUAAAAGUCCUUCUUGAGAGUGUGCCCUCAUCGGCCUUACUGUGAAGAUUUUGAAGCAGUAGAAUCUUUCGCCCCAAGAGGAAAUGAGAAUCUCUUAAAAACCUGAUAGAUUCUGUGAUCUCUUCACAAAUGGCAUUCUGUGUACACUGCUGCCUGUUGUGGCCUAUCCAAAAUGCAGUGACCGUUUGGGUGCCUAAUCUAUCAGUUACCAAAACCUUCACUUUAUGAUUUCUAAGCCCACUAACUUUAGUUUUAUAUAGAAACCUCCAGACGCCUUAAUAUAAAUAGGUAGAACCAUCUGAAAUAAUUUACUCUUUAGAUAACCUAGAACUACUGUCUUACAUUCUCUAGUGUCAAAUGUCCAAAACAUUAUAUCGUUGGGUAACAAAGUAGCCUGUCCCUAUUCAAAUAUUUUUAUGUCCCUCGCUGCUGCUAUCAAACUCUGACAUAGUGUAUACAAAGUAGUUUGGGAUUAAAUGCUAUAUUAUUGAUUAGGGUUUUUUUGGUAAUUAAGAUAUAGUCGUAAAAAUUAUUAAUCUGUAUUAGCCUCAUUUUAAAGAAAGAAGAGUGGAUGCUAACAGAGCAAACAAAUUGACAGAUUUCUAGAAUUAGUUUUCUUUCUGGUUUGUCUUUUAAGAUGCAAUAAUGAAAUAGAAAAUGAUUACUUUGAAAUUCUGGAAAGAUUAGAUGAAGGCAUAAAAAUGUAAUGAUGGGCCAGGCAGGUAUGUGUCAGGAUCAUUCCACUAUUGCAAAAUCAUACUCUCUACCAUUUUCUUCUUGUUGCCACAUUUACACUUGAGAGACAUUAAUAGGGAAUAGUAACGUUUGAAUCAGACCCAAUAUAGCUUGUUCUUUAAUGAGAAAGAAAUUUCCUGCUGCGGAGAUGUGAAAAUGUAAUCCUCAUCAGCGUACCCCUACCAGUGGUGUACUAUAACAGAAGAAGACAUAUUCUUUUCCCUGUACUGCAGUUUGAAGAUUUCAGUGCUGGCUGCUUUAUCCUUUUUCAUAUAGUCUGGAUAAUUUUUUACCUGUAGAGGAGGAAGAAAAGCUGCCUUCUGCUGUUAGUGAAUGGCAUACAUAAUGUAUAUGCCAUUCACCAGAUAUUGUUUUUUAUCACUCAUCUUGCUCACGUAUCCUGGCUUGUCUGUGAUUAAUGGAAAUAGUGUUGGAUGUUGGAAUUUAUUCUGACCAAUGAACAGAGCAGACUCGAGGGAGUACAAUCUCCUGCAGAGUAAUAGAACAAAACCCAAUAUGCAUAAAAUAAAUCCAAGUCACUAGACUUUAGCUGAUAGAACCAACUACCUGUGUAAUAACAAAGCAACAGAAGCCAUUUCUAAUGUGGCUCCGAUGUGUUUCUUGAGGCUGUUUCUUUGGUUGCAGAUACAUGGAUAAGGAACAUUCUUCAACACACCAACCUACUUAACAUUUGAACAAUGUACUUGAGAAAUUGUAAUAUUUUAAAAUAAAUUAUUUUUUGUUUGAAAAA